AUGACUCUAGCAGCAUACCGGGAGAAGAUGCGAGAGCUCCCUCUGGUGUCUCUCUUCUGCUCCUGCAUCCUUCCUGAACUCAGAGACGCCGCAGCCGACAAGAAGGAAGCCGGCGUGGUGGACUUGAACCUGUGCAACAUCCGCGACAUGGAGGUGAUCGAGCUAAGCAAGCGGACAAGCGGACAAGCCUUUGAGGUGAUCCUGAAGCCACCCACCUUCGACGGCGGCCCCGAACUGAGGGCGACCACGCCGCCCCGCCAGAAACCUUCACUGGAAGAGAUCCAGAAGAAACUGGAUGCCGCCCAGGAGAGGAGGAAGUGUCAGGAGGCAGAGCUGCUGAAGCACCUGGCCGAGAGGAGGGAGCACGAGCGUGAAGUCGCUCAGAAAGCUCUGACCAAAGAGCGUCAGGAGCACCGGGCCGACGCCGACAAGGAGCAACGGCAGAUGCACCUGAACGCCUCGCAGGAGUGGCUGCAGGAGGAGGACAAGCACAGUGUGGAGGUGUCUUGAUGGCCUGAUCACAACACAAGCUGAACUUUCUUUGGAAGCCAUUUUGGAGGGCUGAUGAGCUGAGGUUUGUUGUGCCGGCGAACCUGGCGCUGCUCCGACUGGGAGACUUGACAGGAAGAGACAAGAGUGAGAGGAGGAGGA